AUGUACGGGCGAUCUGCAUCUCAGCUUCUGAAGGAGCAAGCAUCCUGUGAAUCCGGUCAAUUGACCGUCUUUAACAACGUGGCAUUCGACCAAGUUAUCAAAGAGUGCGACGAACACCAUCUGCAGCUCGAAUCAUUAUUCAGGAAACUGAUGGAGCAGAAGUUGGAUGUCCAAACAACCAGAAACGGAGAUCAUUUGGGUGCGUUUAUCCAUCACCAUUCGUUGCUUCGCAAUAAACGCUGCCUCAUGGCUUACAUGCAAAACCGAGCAGAGAUCGUCCGGAGCUUGAGAUGGCAACUCGGCCCUGUGCUCCCCGAAGAAAUAAAAGCAAAACUGAGUUAUUCCGAGGGGGUGUACUUCGCGGAUCACUCCAAAGCGAUAGCGUCUUACAUGUCAGAGAUGGACAUCGAUUUGACUGUGGAUAUGGUUCCGCCGAAGAGCCCCUCCGUUCGAGUUAUGGUGCUGGACGACAUUGGUGAAGUGUGUCUCGGAGACCAGUCCAUCUCUCUCACCAAGCACUCGCUGCAUUCUCUUAGCCGGACCGAUGCCGAACCAUUCAUUUCCCAGGGUCUAAUGGAAGAACUUUUGGACUGAUGCCGCUCCGCGUCGGACUACACUAAGGUAACUCCCCUUUCGCUGAUGCCCGAGAAGACGAUAGAGACAGAUAAGACGAGAGCUGUUUGCUGACAUCAUUUAGCAUGGCGCAUUUACACGUCAUAUCAGCAUUACAUAUCCACUUGAUUUAAUUAUAGUGUAUGUUAAUAUCUGUUUUUGCCAAAAAAUUUUAAUUAGAUAUAUCGACUCGAAAUAAGGAGUCGAAUAAUAUAUUGUUUCCUUUGGUUAUUUGGUUAAAUCAUUAAAUGGUCGGCAGAACGCGGUUCGGGAUGCUUCCGUAACGGAGGCAGCCCCCGCGAACGCCU